GUCUUCAGCGCCGCCGCGGAAAUCCUGACCUCGCGGGUCCUGGUGCUCCGGGACCUCGUCGACGGGGGCAUGGAAUUAGAGCUGGGGCGUGUGCAGGUGCGCGCGCUGCUGGUGGCGGUCUGGGACGUGCUGUGGAUUUGCAGGCCGUUGGUGCAGGCGGUGGGCGUCGACCUCGCCAAGGGCGUCCAUUGGCGCGUCUUCUGCUCUGACUUGUUUCGAGACGGCUACGCGCUCCACGGAGCCCCGGCCAGCUCCGUCGAGGUUCCCGCCCUGAGCCGCCGGAACGGCGGCGAUCUCGCGACGCCCUGCGUCGAGGCGCCCAGCGAGCCCGCCCAUGCCUGGGAGGGGCGAGGGGCUCGCGUCAAC